UUAAUUCAGUAAAGUGCUAUAAAUACCUGGAUUACCGGCGAUUGUAAGUAUUAAAAGUAUUGUCAUCUUCAAAAAUGACAAUGGGUCAUUUGCUUCGUUCUUUGAUUAUCAUCGGCUUGGCUAUUCAGCUUUGCAAUGGAACAAGUUACUGGAGUAAACCAAAACAUAAAAAAGUAUGCAUCACCUCAUGUUCAACUAGUAGUUCUUCCUCGACUACUGUUAGAACUUCGUCAAAAUUCAAUGUUUUAAAUUCAAAGAAUAAAAUUGAAGACCUUGAAAAAGGUCUUAAAAAAAUAAGCACAAACUCUCAAGAAGACAGCAGCGAGGAGUACGAUGAUGAAAGUUGUGAGGAUUUAGAUUACAGAGAUUCACAGUCAUCACGAAAAUUACAAACCUUUGUACACAGUCGUGCUCUUUCAAAAAAAAUGAAGAAAACACAAAUAAAAACGGCUAAAAAGGUCUUAAGAAAAAAGAUUACCAUUCCUUUAAUCGCGAACAAAGUUAUUGGGUCUGCUAUAACUAGAUCCACUAGUAAUGGCUUACAACAAUCGUUACAACAAAAUCAGCAAAUUGGUAGUACAAGUAGUACAACAAUUACGUCUAGAACAAACACCGUGGGUGUCAACGGAAAUAUAUUUCUGUCAAUACCAAAAGGAUAUGUAGCAAACACAAUGUCAAUGACAACAACUAGUUUAUUAACUGAACAAGAAGCUAUUCGAUUAGGACUCUUGAGUAACACUCUAAUUAGUGGAAGUCAAACGUAUACAUCUUAUCAAAAUGGUGGACAAUUUAGUUUAUCUGAUAGUACCGUUAGUAGGUCUAUUAAUAGCCAGAUGUCCCAAAUGCAAAACCAAGGAAAUAGAUAUUAUUUAAAUCGUAAUUUACAGAAUACCGCAAGAUCAGGUAAUUUAAAUAGUAUUAAUGGAAAUUCACAACAGUUUAGUAGAUACACAUCAGUAAACGAUAAUAUGAGUAAUAAUCAUCAACAAAUCAAUGGUCAAAAAACUAUGGGUAAAUUGUAUGGAUUAAAUAAUCAACAAAACAAUGGUCAACAAACUGUAGGUAGAUUAUAUCAGUUUAAAAAAACUAGUUCAUUGCAGCGUAAAAUUAAUCAACUUAAAACAUCAAAUAAUGUUGUAAACAAAGAUGAAAAUGGUAGUGAAGAUAAUGAAUUGAAUGAUGACAAUAACCAAAAAGUAGGUAUCACAAAUGUUAAAACUGCCGGACAAUACUCAUUUAAAUCCUAUAAUGAAAAUCAAUUAAACAAGAAUAUUAAUAGUCAUCAAAUAAAUAACUUAAGUAAAACAAUCAAGUCAAGACAUAUUCAAAAAUACAGCACUUCUAAUAAAGGUAAUAGUGAUAAAUCAAAUGAAUCAAAAUCUUCCGAUGACCAAAAUGAUGACGAAAACGAUAAGUUAAAAUCAAUUACUAAAAAAUCCGUAGAGAAUAACGAUGAUGAAAAUACUAAAAUAGAAAAUAAUGAAGAUAAUAAAUGUAAUGAUGAUAAAUCUAAAGAUAAAGAUGAUAAAAAUAAUGAAAUAGAUGAUAAUGAAGAUAAAGAUGAUAAAUUGGAAGAUAAUGAUGAUGAAAAUUAUGACAUUGAUAAUGAUAAUAUCGAAGAACAAGAAACAUCGGAAGACGAAGUAUCAGUAUAUGAAUAUUUGGAUACAUUUAGGAAAUUCAGAUUUGAUAGUGGUCUAAAUGCAGUUGGUAUAAUAGGAGAAGUAUUAAGUCAAUUAGAUUAUCAACGUUUUAUACUUAUGGAUGAUAUUAUAUAUCCACAAGAUUCCACGCGUUAUGUUAUAAACAACGAGGAGUUCGAUUUUAUCAUAGUCGGUGGUGGUAAUGCGGGGUGCGUUCUAGCAAACAAGCUAUCUGAAAAUGAGAAAUGGAAAGUAUUAUUAAUUGAAGCAGGUGGAGAUGCCUUCCCUGUAACUCAAAUUCCUAAUUUAUGGGAUAGAACAUUAAAUAGUGUUGCAGACUGGCAGUUUAAAAUACAACCGGAUAGUACAACUGGAUUUGGAAUUGGAGGUAAUAUGAAACUACACAAAGGAAAAUGUCUUGGAGGAAGUAGCACUACAACUCCUCAAAUUUAUGUUAGAGGGAGUGAAAAACUCUAUAAUUCACUUGUUGACAAGGGUUUGAAGGAUUGGUCGUACAAUUCUACGGAGACUAUCUUUAAAAAGGUUGAAAGAAUCCGUUCAAUUACAAAAACUGAAACAAACACAACUAUUUAUGGAAAAUGUGGACUUAUUCCUGUAAGCAAAUUCCGAAAAACUGAAAUAAGCGUUUUAGAAAAAGUUGUAUGUUCUGGGUUUGAACAUAUCGGUUGUAAAAAAGAAAGUGAUAUCAACGAAAAAAAUAUUGAAGUUGGAUUUGUUUCAAUGCAAGGAAUAAUUAAGAAUGGUAGAUCUAUGAACACUGCUAAAGCAUAUCUAAGCCCAGUUUUCGGCCGCGAAAACUUAAAAGUGAUGAAAUAUACUAGAGUUACAAAGAUUUUAGUUGACAAAACAGCAAUGAAGGCAACCGGAGUUGAAGUACAGACAAAAUACGGUCAAACUCUUACACUAAAAGCCAACUUGGAAACCUUACUUUGUGCUGGGGCUGUUGGUUCUGCUCAGAUAUUGUUGGCUUCGGGUAUUGGGCCUAAAAAGCAUUUGUCCGAAAUGGAAAUACCAGUGGUUAAAGAUUUAAAUGUAGGACAGAAAUUCUUAAUUACUCCAGUGUUUGCUGGUUUUGUUAUGUCCUACGACAAAUCAAUUGUUUGCAAUCAGACUGAUGAAGAAAUUGCAUUCAAAUACUUGGCUAGACAUUCAGGAGUUUUAAGUAGACCUAACGGUAUGAGCUUUGGUGGAUUUUUAAAUACUGGUAUGUCUGGAUCUUCAUUCGCUGAUAUUGAAGUCUUUCAAUAUUACAUUCCCAAAAACACUUUUUCAAGGUUAUGCCAACUAAAAUCAAUAUUUGGAUUUAGUGAUACUUUGUUAUCGGUGUAUGCUAAAUUGAAUUAUGAUCGUGCUAUUUCUAUUUUUACAAUGGCUUUGAUAAACACAAAAAGUACCGGUAAAAUUCUUUUAAGAAGUACGAACCCAUUGGAUAAUCCGAUUAUUGUUGGCAAUUUGUUGACCGAUAAAAGUGAUAUAAAAAGUUUCCUUGAAGCCAUCAAAUUACUGUCCAAAAUUGAAAAAUCAGAUGGAAUGAGGUUAGUAAACGCUAAGAUAGAAGAUAUUGUUCUUGACGGAUGUGCAAAAUAUAAACCAAAGACCCAUGAGCACUGGGAGUGCUUACUAAAAUACAUGGUAUCUACAACAUCAAGUACUGCCGGAUCGUGUCGUAUGGGAAUUGAAACAGACACAGAUGCUGUUGUCGACAGUAAACUGAACGUGAUUGGUAUUUCUAAUUUACGAAUAAUAGGUCGAAGUACUAUGCCAUUAGUUACUAGCGCCUAUAGUAAUGUUCCUUGUAUUAUGAUCGCUGAAAAGGCAUAUGAUAUGAUAAAAAGUAAAUACGUCUAAAAACCAAACUACUCGAUUAAAUAUUGUUUUUAAGAAUUUAAAGCACUGUGUUUACAUUAUAACUAUAUUCAUUAAAAAUCAGAAGGAAUCAAGUUUUCUUUACGAAAAAAAACAAAUAAAAUUCUAAGCACCUAUACAUGUUUUGUUUUUGUUUUAUAAAUAUCACGGUAACCUUAAUGAAAAA